AUGUUUCAAUCACCACCAUUCUCUACUGGCAACAAUUCUCAAUAUCCCCGACCUUUUAUGUUUCAACCAUCGCCAACCAACAUCAGUAGCCAAUAUACGCAUUCAACGGGUACCAACGACGUUGUAGAGUCUCCUAACGUUGAAUCAGAAUCACCAAUUGGUUCCACUACAGAUUCUCAAGUACCAGUGUUCUCCACUCAGGUUGGUCUAGAAAAUAUUACUUUUGCGGAAGGAGAGAAUUCUACCCAAAAAAAACAACGUGUCAGGUUCUUAGAAGAAGAAGAUAAAUUGGUUAUUCAGACAUGGCUUAACGUUUCCAAAGAUUCAGUUGUGGGAAAUGACCAAAAAUCAGAUUGUUUUUGGGGUAGAAUCAAAGAUAGAUAUAACAACUAUCGUGGAUCACUUAUAGCGAGAGAGUGGUCUACACUCAAAUCUCGAUGGCAUCUAUUGAAUAAACAUUGUCAAUGGUUUUGCGGAAGCUACAAACUAGCCGUUGCUAACAAGAAAAGUGGACAGUCCGAGACCGACAUCAUGGAUGAGGCACGUAAACUUUUUGCACAAGUACAUCAUCAACGUUUCACAAUGGAGCACGCGUGGAGGUUGUUGAAGGAUGAACCUAAAUGGAAAGGACAAGAAAUGAACAACUCUUCAAAGAGAUCAAAGACAUCCUCUACCGGGACAUAUUCAUCAACAUCUAAUCCAGAAAAUCCUAUUGAUUGUUCAGAAUACAACAGUGCAACUCAGACCGACCGCCCAUUGGGACAAAAGGCGGCAAAAAGGAAGGGCAAGGGAAAAGAAACUUCGUCUACAACACCCAUAGUGGAUUUGACCGGAAUGGAAAAUGCCUCAGAAAAGAAAUUAGUCGUCUAUGGUAAAAUAGCCGAAGCAAGGUUGGCAGAGAGCAUACCCAUGUUGUAUGAAAUUCUCAUGAAGGACAACACUACUAGAAAAAUCUUAAAUACCGACGGGCAAAAUCUGUCUCUAAAAUGCCAAUAUUCCGUCACUAAACAUGUUAGAGACAGAAUUAGAGACCGAUUUGAUUCUGUCUUUAAUUUCCUCGUCUCUAAACUAUCAGAGACAGAUUUUAUAUUCUGUCUCUGA